AUUGUACAAAUCAUUGUGCGCAUGCGUGAGUCGUUCUCUUUCCUGUGGCCGCCAUAUUAGAUAUUGGCAGGAUGUUGAUGCCAAAGAAGAACCGUAUUGCCAUUUAUGAAUACCUUUUUAAAGAAGGUGUCAUGGUGGCAAAAAAAGAUUUUCAUCUUCCCAAACAUCCUGAAGUUGAUGUGCCUAAUUUGCAUGUUAUCAAAGGAAUGACGUCGUUAAAAUCUAGAGGAUAUGUAAAAGAACAAUUCGCAUGGAGGCAUUAUUACUGGUAUCUCACGAAUGAAGGUAUUCAAUAUCUCAGAGAUUUCUUGCACCUACCCCCAGAAAUUGUACCAGCCACAUUACGUAGACAAACACGACCAGAAGCGUCAAGACCACCAAGACCCAAAGGUUUUGAACCUAGAGGGCCAUCAGAUGGUGAUAGAGACAGAGAACAGUACAGAAGGGGACCACCUGGUGGAGGCCCAGACAAAAAGGGUGAAGCUGGUGCUGGAGCAAGCCCACAAUUUGAGUUUAGAGGUGGUUUUGGUCGGGGCAGAGCAAGCAGCAAUGCUCCACAGUAAAAAUAUCAUGCUGGUGUUUCUGUUAAUACAGUAUUUCAAUUCAUAAAAUAAAUAUAGCGUAACAAUUACACCAGCUUA